UCAUUUCUCUGUACAGUUUUGCUCGUGCCUCAAUUCACUCUGCUUUCCUUCGUCAACCUUUCUCAAUUAAGUACUAUAUAUAAUCCCACCACCUCUUUUUCCACACUCCAAAACCAAACCCCCAAAAAAUUCAGUCUCUCUCUCUCUCUCUUCGUUGAUCUUCAAUGGCGGUUUUCAGCCGCCUUAUAUGCAGAAGAGCGGCAUCACUUCGAAGCUUCUGCACUAAAUCCACCGACUCCGAUCUGCACAGAGCUUCUUCAGCUCUCUCUUCAGCCCUACCCGUUGAUAAUUCCAACGGCAAGGGCAGAAAUGUCCAGUGGGUGUUCCUCGGCUGCCCCGGUGUCGGCAAGGGCACCUACGCCGCCCGCCUCUCAACUCUCCUCGGCGUUCCCCACAUCGCCACCGGCGAUCUCGUCCGCCAGGAGCUGUCGUCACGUGGUCCCCUCUCUCCUCAGCUUGCAGAGAUUGUUAACCAAGGGCAAUUAAUCUCGGAUGAGAUUAUCAUAGAUCUUCUUUCCAAACGUCUUGAAAAUGCUCUUGUUAAGGGGGAGACUGGAUUUAUUCUCGAUGGAUUUCCUCGGACUGUAAGACAGGCGGAAAUUUUGGAGGGAGUAACAGAUAUAGACUUGGUGAUAAAUCUGAAACUUAGAGAAGAAGCGUUAAUUGCAAAAUGCCUUGGAAGAAGAAUUUGCAGUGAAUGCCAAGGGAACUAUAAUGUUGCCUGCAUUGACAUAAAGGCCGAAGAUGGAAAUCCAAGAAUGUAUAUGCCUCCCCUUCUUCCUCCUCCACAAUGUGAAUCGAAAUUAAUCACACGUGCCGAUGACACUGAAUUAGUUGUUAAAGAACGUCUUCGAGUCUAUAAUGAAAUGAGUCGACCCGUUGAGGAUUUCUACAGAAGUCGUGGAAAGCUAAUGGAGUUCGAUCUUCCCGGAGGAAUUCCAGAAUCAUGGCAGAAGUUGCUUCGAGCUUUAAACCUCGAUGACCACGAAGACACAAGAACAGCUGCUGCUUGAUUUGCAAUAUCUUAUAGGUAAGUAAGUUAUUCUUUGCAUGUGAAUUCAUCGAAUACCUGUGGAAAAUUAUUAAAGUGCAUAAUAAUAGUUGCAGAAGUAGUCCCUUAAAAUGUACUAUAUUCUUUCAAGGAGGGUUAUACAAUGAUUUAUUGUAUGGUUUUAUUACAAGUCUAUUAUAGGUUUGUGCACAGUCUAGCUUAUGAUUAAUAUUUAAACAUGUAAUUUAUUUGUCAAAUGUUUUUAUAUUAGUGGAUCAUGGGAGAGGUGCCAAUCUGUGUUCUUGAACAAAUUAUUUUGUGUUAUGAUAUAUGAGGUUUUUGCAUUAAA